UAAAAUGGCUACUGCAAGAAUUCCAUUCUCUAAUGUUAGUUAAGUGAAUAAAGGGGAGAAAUAGGCUGCCGCACUAGGGGAGAAAGUCGAAAAGAUUGGUAAUACAGAAAAGUAAGUUCCACCUACAAAUACAGAAAUUAACAAUGUGAAAGGUUCUUUAGAUGAGUAGUAAUUUGAGAACAUGGACAAGCAGACACUUAUACAGCAACUAAAAUUGCACAAGUUGAUCUUGAAGCAUUGUUUUGAUGAAAAUGACAUUGUACAAUUAUUAGAAGGAUUAUUUUUAGUUGAGAGAACGAAUAGCUGCAAUCGAAGCAUAAUUCAGUAACUUAUAGGAUGAAAUUGAACUAAGAGACAAUGUCAUACUAGAACUAAGUGAGAAGAUCGAAUAGAAGGAAAAAGAAUGA